AUGUUAGCCACUCAGCCACCGUACCCAGUCUUUAAUGCACCAAAGAAUGAGCCAGACGUCACAAUGACCUCCAGAUUCGGUAAAACCUACAGCCGUAAAGGAGGCGACGGCGGCUCCAAGUUCGACGAGGUCCUGUCCUCGAAGCGCGGGACUCUGAGCACCAAAUGGGGGGACACCAAAUACAAGGCCAAAGUGGGGUCCAAGCGCCUCCCAGGACCUGCCAGGGACUGCUCCCCUGAGGCCCUGAAGCGUUCUCGAAGAGGAGGAGGAGGAGGAAGUGAGGACCCCUUCGGCUUUGACAGUGAUGAAGAGUCCAAGCCUGUGUCGUCCCGAGCCAAAACCCCGGAGAAGCAGAAGUCUGGGGAGACGUCUCUGAGCUGGGAGAGUGUGAUCGGACUGACCAAUCAGACGGCCGGUCGGACGGCCAAUCAGACAACGACGUGGACGCAAAGGGAGCCCAGGGUCAACCACAGUUCCAACAGUUUAGGUAAAGAACACUGGUCUCUCCCUCCUGCGGACUCCUCCCUCAGUUUCUCCUGGUACCAGAAUGCGUCAGAGAGCGACAGGAAGCCUCUGGCCCAGACCACCACCUUAAAGACGGGCUCUAAGGCACCCCCCUCCCCUUCUGCCAACGACCAAUGGGACACCAUAUUCGGCCUGCGCCCCCCAUCUCCCGCCGCCAAAAAGCCAGAGUCCCCUCCCCCUCACAUCCCCCUCACCGCGGACAACUCAGAGUCCUCGUCCACUCUGGUUCGUAACGCGGGGUGUCGGACGUACCGGCGCCCCGGGAAGAACAACAGUGAAAGUGAAAGUAAACACAGGGACUACAACGUGCUGCACCCGUCCUCCAUGUCGGACUGCAGUGUGACGUUCCAGCCGCGAGCUGAGAUGAAGGCCCAGGCUGACGCGGAAGACGCGUGGAGGAAGACGGAACACAACUCCAGGUUUGGAUCACCUCAGUCCCAGACUUCAGACCUGUUUGGGUUCGAGGAGAACUCUACUCAGAACCAGAACAUCUCAGACGGAUCCAACUACAAACUCAAGUACUUCGGUUUUGACGACAGCGACAGCGACGGAGAGCGAGGGGGCGCUAGAGAGCGGAGGAAAGCCAAACGUAAGAUGAGACCUAACCCUGAGGAAGAGGAGACACAUGUGGAGCCGGUGUGUGAGGAGGUGGAAGAGGAGGUGGAGGAUCCGUUCGACCGAUUUAACCGCUUGGAACAACUGGAGCAAACUGAGCAUGUGCAGAACGAGAGGAGAGAGAGGUCAAGCACUGAGUGGGCGAGCGACAGGAGCGCAGACAAGAAAUACUCCCUGAGGACACAGCAACUGUGGAGCCCAGAUUUGUUGGACUUCUCUGAGGAGGGUCUGCAAGUCCUGGCUGGAGCUCCGCGUAGAGCCGCUGCUCAGUCUAAAUCCACAGAGAAAAACCCAGACUCCUUCAGGAGGAUAUUCAGCGCUCACAAGAAGUCUCCCACUAAAGCUGUGUAUAAUGCUCGGCACUGGGCUGUGAACGGUGAAGAGGAGCCGCCCCCAGCCUUCCUCUGCAGAGCUCCGAGCGGCAUUUUGGGAGCCACCAGCGGCAGCAGUAGCAGCAGCAGCAGCAGCAGAAGUACUGGUGGUGGUACUUGCAGUAGUAGUAACAGUAUUGGUGGGAGUAACAACAGCAGUACAGUUCCGUCGCAGCCUCAGAAUAAAGACGACGGUCUGUUCAAAGCUCCGCCUCCUCCUCCCAAAGUCUCCAAAUGUGUGCGAGUGUCUGCUGAUCCGUACCAGGACACGGUGACCGCCCUGCGCUGCCACAAGGAACACAAGGAGCUCUACACGGUGGUGCAGCACGUUAAACACUUCAACGACGUGGUGGAGUUUGGGGAAAACCAGGAAUUCACAGACGACUUUGAAUAUCUGGCAACCGGUCUGAAGACGGGUCAGCCCCUGAACACACGCUGUCUGAGUGUGAUCAGCCUGGCCACUCGGUGUGCGAUGCCCGGUUUCAGGAUGCACCUCAGAGCCAGAGGGAAAGUGGCUCAGGUCUUCAAGACGCUCAACGACGCCCCCCAGCACCAGAACCUGUCGCUCUGCACGGCUGCCUUGAUGUACAUUCUGAGCAGAGAUCGUCUGAAUAUGGACUUGGACCGGUCCUGUCUGGACCUGAUGAUCCGGCUCCUGGAGCUGGACCAGGACCAGAAGAGCACACUGGGACCAGCUCAGCUCAGCGCCCGCGAGAUUGCCAAGAUCAAAGAGAAAAUCCGCAAACUAUGUGACACGGUCCACAACAAGCACCUGGACCUGCAGAACAUCACGACAGGACAUCUGGCCAUGGAGACUCUCUUGUCUCUGACGUCCAAACGUGCAGGAGACUGGUUCAAAGAGGAGCUGCGUCUUCUUGGAGGACUGGACCACAUCGUUGACAAGGUGAAGGAGUGUGCGAAUCAUCUGAAGGAGGACGACGAGGAGCAGCUGGUGUCGUCUCUGUGGGGGGCUGAGCGCUGUCUCCGAGUGUUGGAGAGCGUGACAGUCCAUAACCCUGAGAACCAGAGCUACCUCAUUGCCUAUAAAGACUCAUCGCUCAUCGUUUCUUCUGCAAAAGCCCUGUGGAGGUGUGAGCAGAUGAUCCAGCCGACAGAGUCCAGUCCCAGUGUCACCAGAGCUGUACAGGACUGUAUGAGAGCUAUCAUAGGAGUCCUACUGAACCUGACACACGACAACGAAUGGGGCAGCACUAAAACCGGAGAGCAGGACGAGCUCCUCACCACCGCUCUGCACUGUGUGCUGCGAGUGCCUCAGUACCUGCCUCAAGAACAGAGAUUCGACAUCAGAGUCCUGGGCCUGGGUCUUCUCAUUAACCUGGUGGAGUACAGCGCCCGGAACCGGUACGCAUUGAUGGAGAUGGACCUGGAGACCGGCCCCUGGGAAACCACGGUGAUCCAGAACGAGCCCGCCGUGAUCCAGAACGAGCCCACAGUGAUCCCGGGCCAGAACCACCUACAGACCGGGACUCUGACUCUGAGUGCCAUUGCAGCUCUUGUGCAGCUCUUCCUGCAGAGAGAGCGUGCGGCGGUUCUAGCAGAGGCGCAGACUGAUGACCUCAUCAAAGAGCCGCCCAAAGCUCCUCUGGACCAGAGCGGUGAGUGGCAGGAGACCGGAGGCGAGAUCCAGUGGGUCGCCAACGACAAUGCCAACGACAAUGCCAACGACAAUGCCAACGACAAUGCCAACGACAAUGCCAACGACAAUGCCAACGACAAUGCCAACGUCAACAAUGACAACCAGGAAGAGAAGAAGAAGAGUGACGAGGAGGACGAUGUACUGGACCUGAACAAAGCUCUGCAGCAUGCAGGGAAACAUAUGGAGGACAGUAUCGUCGCCUCAUACACAGCACUGCUGCUGGGCUGUCUGUGCCAGGGCUCUCCUAGUAAUGUGACAACAGUGAGAGAGAAUCUUCCAAAAGGAGACUUCUCCAUCAUGACAGAGAUGUUGAAGAAGUUCCUGAACUUCAUGAACCUCACGUGCGAUGUCGGGACGACGGGACAGAAGUCCAUCUCCAGAAUCAUCGACUAUCUGGAACACUGCUGA